AUGAACGCCUUACUCUCUAACAUAAUCGAGACUCAUAACCCUCUGAUCAUGUUGAUUGUAAAGAAAUGUUUGGAUGAGAAACUUAGGCAUGUGUUCGCAAUGCUGAACAGACUUGAGGAUGUUUUGGAGUCAAGCUCACUUCCGAAACAAGGGGGAGAAUCUAUGAAGCAAUCCAAGAAGGAAAACCUGAAACAAACUAUGAAGCCAACAGUCGAGCUAAAGGCAGAAAAUGAAUCGAAUGAUAAUGUAGCUUUGGAUUUGAAAGGAAAGGAAAAGCUCAAUGAUGAAAGGGUCAUUGAUGACAACAAAGAAGAAGAACCCUAUGAGCAUGAGUUAAAAAGAAGGAAGGCUUGUGAAGAUCAAAUGGAUGAACAUAAUCAGAUUGUGAGAGAAGUGGAAGAAAAGAGAGAGUUGAAUGCAAAGCUCAAGUCACAUAGGAAAGCCAAAAGCUUUUAUUUUCAUUGUGGACUUUGGAGCGAAUUACGAGCGAAGCUGUAG